GGCAGAGCUACGCAUCUCAGUCCAUCUCAUUCUCUCCAAGGCAGAUCUCCUGAGCAGUCUUCACUUCAAAAUGUCAUCACGCAUGUCUUAUUCCUCCUUUGGAGGUGCAGGUCAAGGUGGUGGCUAUGGUGGCUCGGUGCGAAAGUCUUAUAGUUCCAGCGUGUAUGGUGGUGCAGGUGGCUCAGGAGCAAAAAUCUCUGUUCCCUCCUAUGGCAGUAGAUCAGUUAGCAGUUAUAGCAUGGGAGGAGGUGGAGGUGGAAGUGGAGGUGGAGGUUUUACUUUUGGCUUGGGAGCGGCUGGAGGUGCAGGCGGAGGUGGAGGCUUCGGCGGAGGGGCUGGCAUGGACAUCCAUGUUGGGGCCAACGAGAAGGCCACCAUGCAGAACCUGAACGACCGUCUGGGCUCCUACCUGGAGAAGGUGCGCAACCUGGAGAAGGCCAACGCUGAGCUGGAGCUCAAGAUCCGUCAGUUCCUGGAGAGUAAGUCCUCCCCUGCUGCCCGUGACUACUCACGAUUUGAGGCCACCAUUGCUGACCUGCAAGGAAAGAUCCAGGAUGCUACUCGGAACAAUGGAGGCAUCUAUCUGUCUAUUGACAAUGCAAAACUGGCAGCAGAUGACUUCAGAACCAAGUAUGAGAAUGAGCUAGCAAUGCGUCAAUCAGUGGAGGCAGAUAUCGCCGGUCUAAAGAGACUGUUGGAUGAGCUGACACUGGCCAGAUCAGACCUGGAGAUGCAGAUAGAAGGCCUCAAGGAAGAGCUGAUUUACCUCAAAAAGAACCACGCGGAGGAAUUGGCAUCCAUGAGAACUCAGAUGAGUGGACAGAUCAACGUAGAGGUGGAUGCAAAAAAGCAGCCAGACCUGAGCAGCAUCAUGGCUGAAAUACGUGAACAGUAUGAGAGUGUGGCUAACAAGAACCAGAAAGAACUUGAAGCUUGGUUCCAAGCAAAGUCAGAGUCACUAAACAAGGAAGUGGCAGUCAGCACAGAAACUCUCCAAUCGUCAAAGUCAGAAAUCAACGAAAUCCGACGCACCCUGCAAGGCCUGGAGAUCGAGCUACAGUCCCAACUUAGCAUGAAAUCGUCCCUGGAAGGCACUUUAGCUGAGACAGAGUCACGGUAUUCCAUGCAGCUCCAAGGCCUCCAGAGGCAGGUGACAUCCCUGGAAGAACAACUGAUGCACCUGCGUUCUGACAUGGAACGCCAGGGCCAAGAAUACAAAAUGCUGCUCGACAUCAAGACAAGGCUGGAGAUGGAGAUCGCAGAAUACAAGAGGCUGUUGGACGGAGAGGGCAGUUUCGUACCUCAAGGGAAAUCCUCUAGCAAGGUGAUAGUGGUCACACAGGAACUGAGAGAUGGCAAGGUGGUUUCCUCCUCCACUUCCUAAUCUGUCUCAUGCAGCAAACGCAACACAAGGGGCAAACCUGAGGACCACAAGAACCAAUUAAUCCAAUACUUCCUUCACAUACACACGUGAAUGUAAUAAAAGGCUGCCAGUUUGCUGACUAC